ACGUCAAAUGAUUAUGUUCAGAACGCUACUAGUAGUUAUCCUAGUGCCAAUACAUAUGGAGUAACAGGACAGCAACCACAAACAGCUUAUGGUCAAUAUAAUCAAUAUGGUACUACACAAAAUACUACACCAUAUAGCCAAUACCCGACUACCCAGUACGGUGCUUAUGGACAACCUACACAGUAUAAUCAACCAACUGCCGGACAGGUCGGACAGCCCACAGUACAGCCCACAGUACAACCUGUUAUUCAACCUGUUAUACAAGCUGUCGGUAAUCAACCUACUGGUCAACCGACACAAGUUGGAUAUUAUUCAACUCAACAAACCACAAUGGAUCCAACCAAAGUUGGAUCAGUAAAUGAAAUAAAACAAGAUCCUCAACCGAUAACCGCAACGCCAAACUACAGUUAUCAAUUUCCUUAUAAUUAUGGAACACCAUCUUCGAAUCAAUAUCCCUCUGUUGGUGCUGGACAAAUUCAAACAGCAACUGUUAGUCAAGCUGCCAGUGGAUAUCCGAUUUUAGGUGCUACUGCAACUGCAUACAGCUCACCUGCAACCCUCAACACUGGAACGACGGCUAAUACUGCACCACCUGGAAGUGGAGAUCAAACUAAUCUUCAAUAUCCAGGAUAUUAUACGCAACAAUAUUCACCAGAUCAAUAUAAUCAACAACCAAAUUAUUAUCAACAAUAUUUUCAACAACAGCAGCAGCAACAACAACAGCAGCAGCAGCAACAGCAAUCACAACAACCAACAGCAUAUAGUUAUCAAACACCUACUAAUCUUUCUACGGAGGCUCCAAAGUAUUGGUGAAAUAUCAUUGUCGUAACCUUGUCUUUAUUCGCGAGAAUUC